AUGUCUUCGCAACCACAACUGCACAAUGAAGCGCAAAGGGUCGCUAGCUCCGAUGCUGGCACCGACGAGCGCACCCUCUACGACCACACCUCCGACGACGAAGGCUACGACGGUAGACCCUCCGGCGAACUUGGCGAACGCGACCAUGAUAUCUUAGACUCGGAAGACGAGCGCGAGAGGCUUCUUACGCGCGAAGAUGGCGGAAAAGGUAUACUAGGACGUAAAGGCUCGGGGGUCAAAGUCGGGAAAUGGGAUAAGAAGAAGGAGAUGAAGGAGCGCAGGAAAAGCGGCAACGAGGAGGCAAGCGCGCUCAUGUAUGAAAUGGAAGAAGGCAUUGGCGCAUCAAGUACGAGUUUCCGCUCGAGAAGGAGUUCAGAGAGCGAUGAGCAGCGACUACUUGCGAGCGAGUCGCAAAGAAAGGCACGCAGGAAGAGCCUAUACCGACGGAUAGCCAUAUACAUAUCCAUCAUCGUCCUCUUCGUCGUCCUCCUCACAGCCACGUACAAUCUCUCCACCCCCAAAGACGUCAAAGGCGCAGUAACCAUGAUAUCAAACGGCACUUCUCUCUUCGCACCAACAACAAUCCUCAUAUCGCUCGAUGGCUUCCGCGCCGACUUCCUCUACCGAAACCUUACACCCACGCUCAACCAAUUCGUUCAAGAAGGCAUAUCGCCAAAAUACAUGAUGCCCAGUUUCCCCAGCGUCACAUUCCCAAACCACUACACAAUGGCCACAGGCAUGUAUCCGGAAGCGCACGGCGUGGUAGGAAACACAUUCUGGGACCCGGAACUACAGCAAGAGUUCUACUACACAGAUCCAGAACGCAGUUUACAAGCGCACUGGUGGGGCGGCGAACCCCUCUGGGUGACAGCCGAGAAACAAGGAGUGCGCACAGCAGUGCACAUGUGGCCUGGUUCCGAAGCCAACAUCCUACACCAAGAGGUUGCGUACAUUGACAAGUACAACGGGUCGGAAGUGCUUCCUAGCAAGGUCAACCGGAUAAUGUCUCUACUCGACAUGCCCGGCCCCAAGGAUAUCGGCGCGAGUGCAAACGAGCCGCGUCCCCAACUCAUCGCAGCGUACGUCCCGGUCGUAGACGGCGACGGCCAUCGUUACGGACCCAACAGCACGGAAAUCCGGAGCACGAUUGCCAAUGCUGAUGCAAUGGUGGGUGGUAUCCUAGCCGGUCUCCAACAGCGUAACCUCACAAACAUUGUCAAUGUAAUCGUCGUGUCGGAUCACGGCAUGGCUACAACAGACGUGACGCGCCUCAUUCAGCUCGAAGACUUGAUCGACCCGGAAGAACUUGAACAUACUGAUGGCUGGCCGCUCUAUGGCCUGCGGCCCAAAAAAGACGCGGAUUUGCAUCGUCUGUACGACCAGCUCAAGGAACGGACAAAGGGGAAUCCUAACGUGGAUGUUUAUCUACGGGAUGAGGAUAUGCCGGAACGCUACCACUUUAGCAAAAACGAGCGUAUCGCCCCUUUGUGGAUUGUACCCAAGACCGGUUGGGCGAUUGUGACGAAAGAUGAAUUCGACGUCGAAGAGGGAAAGAAGAAGGGCGAGGUGUAUCAUCCGAGGGGAUUGCAUGGAUACGAUUUUGAACACCCAUUGAUGAGGGCCGUGUUUAUUGCUCGGGGACCGGCUUUUCCGCACAAGGCGGGAAGCAGAAUGGACCCGUUCCAGAAUAUCGAACUAUACAACAUCGUUUGCGAUUCACUUGGUCUCGCUCCGGCGCCCAACAACGGGACGCUGAGAUUGCCGUUGAAUCCCGUUGGGUUGCACAGUGAUAACGACGACGCCGGUAAUCAUACGCCUGAGGAUCCGGUUCCUACGUAUACCCUCUCUUCUUCUGUAUCGUCACUACCUUCCCAAUCAAAUCUUGCAUCCAUGGGCUUCGACUCUUUAUCCAGUAUCGCAGCUUCGGCGUCGGGAUUGGAAGACACGUCCCCUUCGCUUGAUCACGAAGCCCCUAGCAGGCCCACACCACCGAGCGGUGGGAAAGGCAGUGGCAAGGACGAGUUGAAAGACAAACAAGGUGACGAAGAAGCUAGUAAGGAGGCGGAAAAGGAAAAAGAGAGUUGGUGGCAGUGGUUGACGCAUAAAGCUGACGGGGUCAAGGAUUGGGUAGAUGGAUUCGUACACGAUCACGUUCCACAAGGAGAGGGGGAGGAGGACAAGAAGAAGAGUGGUGGGCGAUGA